AUGACAAACAGGAAGGAUCUCAUGCACGACUUUGCAAGCAUAAAUGGAGAGGUAGCAGUAGGUGAUGGAGCCCCUUUAAAAAUUGCAGGAAAGGGAAGGAUAAUGCUCAAAAUGUCCAAAGAAUGCAGAGGAAAUGAUAUCGAGUUAAAAGAUGUGCUUUAUGUCCCAGAGCUACAAGAUAAUCUAAUUUCUCAAGGCCAGAUUGAAGAAAAUGGACUUAAGAUUGUGACGCAUGAAGGUACGUCGAAAAUCAUGCGUAAUGAGAAGAUGAUAUUUCAUGCUCACCGAGUGUCAAGGCUGUAUUAUGUAAUGACCCUGGGCAGCACCACCGUGGACAACAUCAAGGAGACAUAUGACAGGAAGAAGAAAGUACUGUUGGUUUCAUUGGCAACAUGGCACAGUAGACUUGGACAUCGACACUUGGAGGCAGUGAAGAAACUAGAAGUAUUAGACGAAUUAAGUACUAAUCUGAGUGAUAGAGAGAGUGAGUGUUCACCAGGUAUUCAAGGAAAAAUGAGACAAGAACCAUUCCCAACUGGAGAAGGGGAAAAGGCCAAAGAAGUUUUAGAUAAGAGUCCACUCUGA